AUGAAUUUAUUUUACAACCUAAUUAACUCAAUAAAAAGAAAAAAUGAAAACAAGAAAUUUUACAUACAAUUUUAUAAAAAACGAUUUCAUAUAAGUACAAUAUAUCAACAUAGGAAAAAAUCAAUAUGUUUAAAUUCAAUACAAAAUAAUUCAAGUGUAAAUAAUAAUAUAUGUGUGGUAAAAAAUGAAACAGAAGAAAUAAAUAAAAAAAAUUCUGAUUUUAUUCAAUAUAUUUUUAAAUGGGGCAUAGGAAAUAAAUUUCGUUCCGAUCCAGAAAACAGGUAUCAUCCAGUACAUUUAAGACGCUCCAAAGAAGUAACCAUAAGAAAAGAUUACUUUGAUAAUGUUAAUGAAAAUAUAAGGUAUGAAGAAUUAAAUGAACAAUGGGAAGUAUAUUGGUUUGAAAAUAAUAAACUAAACGCAAAACCUUUUCCUGUUAAAAAGUUCGGAAUACAUGAUGCAAAAAAGGAAGCAAUCAAAUUUUAUGAAUCCUUAAAAGUAGAACAUCGUCUAAUGCCAAAACCUAAAUACGAAUCAGGAGUUGAAGGUGUUCACUAUGAUAAUAUUACCAACUGUUGGGUUGCUUUUUAUCGUUCAAACAACUUCCCCGUUUGCAGAUCUUUCUCAGCUGAGUAUCAUGGAUUCGAAACUGCCAAACAGAUGGCCAUAGAAAGAGUUGAAAAGAAUAAGAAAUAA